AUGGAGCAAUCGUCGGGAGGAUCGCAGGCUGGGAGUGCACAUUCAACAGUGCAAGAGAAUGCGUGUAGAGAAGGUGCCAGUGGAGGCACAGAGGUCUCCCUCUCCAACUCCGAAUUCGUGGGUGUGGAAGGAGGGGGUGGUGACGACGGUGGUGCUAAUGUAGUUGCAGGCGAUGCCAUGAUGUGUCCGAUGUGCGCCUUCUCUAGCUGUGACAGGGAGGCGAUAAUGCAGCAUGUGAUGGGCGCCCACUAA